GAACAUACAAUUAUACGCCAGAGUUCGACUAGAGUCGCUGUUGAGUGACAAGUUGGUGUACGUGUCGUUAGUGACAGUGAGCUCAAAGCAUAUUGUCGUGCGGCUUACCAAGCAAGUACCUCAACAAUUUCUUCAAUGGAUCCAUUAGCAAGAGUAGCGCUAUUAAACAUCAAAAGAUCGGCAAGAGUGCUAUUAUAUCCUCAAUCUUGGCACAUUCAAUGUAGAAAACUUACAUCUCAACAAAUCUUCGAUCGUGAAGCAAAGUAUGGAGCUCAUAAUUACCAUCCACUUCCUGUAGCCUUGUGCAAAGCACAGGGUGUUUUUAUGUGGGAUGUCGAAGGUAAACGGUACUUUGACUUUCUAAGUGCUUAUUCGGCAGUUAAUCAAGGCCACUGCCAUCCAAGAAUCUACAAAGCGAUGCUCGAUCAAGCAAAGACUUUAACUUUGACAUCUAGAGCGUUUUAUUCUGAUGUUUUGGGUGAAUUCGAGGAAUAUAUUACGAAACUUUUCGGAUAUGACAAGUGGCUACCGAUGAAUACAGGUGUCGAAGGUGGUGAAACGGCAUGCAAAUUGGCACGCAAAUGGGGAUAUUCUUGUAAAGGUAUACCGCAGAAUCAGGCUAAAAUAAUAUUUGUGGAAGGCAAUUUUUGGGGAAGAACUAUGAGCGCUGUCUCCUCCAGUACCGAUCCGAGUAGUUACGGCGGAUUCGGGCCAUUCAUGCCGGGCUUUGAAAUUAUUCCUUACGAUGAUCUCUCGGCGCUCCAGCGAGCUCUUGAUGAUCCAAACGUUUGCGCCUUCAUGGUGGAGCCUAUCCAAGGUGAAUCUGGUGUAGUGGUUCCUAAGGAUGGAUAUCUGAAAGGAAUCAGAGAACUUUGUACAAGAUAUAAUGUCCUAUGGAUCGCUGAUGAGGUGCAGACUGGUUUGGCGAGGACAGGGAAGCGAAUUGCCGUUGAUUACGAAAACGUAAAGCCGGACAUCCUGAUCCUUGGUAAGGCUCUAUCCGGAGGAUUUUAUCCAGUUUCCGGUGUGUUGGCAAAUGAUCCCGUCAUGCUCGCUAUCAAACCCGGUGAACAUGGAUCCACCUAUGGUGGCAAUCCUCUGGGAUGUAGGAUCGCUCUCGAGGCGGUUCGUGUUCUGGAAGAAGAAAAACUUGCCGAGAACGCAGAAAGACUUGGACAUGUGCUCAGAAACGAAUUAAACAAGCUACCGAAAGACGUAGUCACUCUAGUGAGAGGAAAGGGUCUUUUGAAUGCCAUCGUCAUCAAUAAAAAGAUCAAUGCCAUGGAUAUUUGUAUAAAACUAAAGGAACAUGGACUUUUAGCGAAACCAACACAUGGACACAUUAUUCGUUUGGCACCACCGUUGAUUAUUACGGAGGAACAGAUACGUGAGUGCGCGGAUAUUAUUUCUAAAACUAUUCUUACUUAUAAUUAGCAUAUUAAUUAUAAU